CAAUUGAAGGGGAGGAAAAAAAAAACCGACUGAAGGGAGUUACCUCAGCGCUCUGCGAGAUAUGAGAUCUGGCCAUUUUCCAGGCGUUUUUCAUUUCCCCCCUCUCCAUUAAAGAAGAAAAUCAGGAAAAUCGGCGGGGAAAGAAGAGGCACAAACAUCGGCCUGAGGAGAGAUCACUGCGCCGUUCUGCUCCGAGUCAACACGAACCUGCGUGCACAGCGAUUCUGUCUCUCUCUCUCUCUCUGUAUGUGUGCGCGCGUGUGCGUGUGUGUGUGAGAGAGUGAGUGUGUUUACAAGUGUUUGAACGAGUGCCAGAAACGAGGGAAGAAGGAGAGGAUAAAGCCUAGGAAGGAAGGAGGGAUGGUGGACAACUCAGGCAGCAGUAAGGCACAAAUGCCCAGCAUGUCUCAGGACCCCGGUGUGGCCUUUCCUCAGAGCACCUCUUCGGGGGGGAUGAAGCUGGAGGCGGUGAUGGAGCAGCUCCAGCGCCAGCAGCAGGCCCGCCUGGAAAUGGAGCGCAAGGAGAGGAAGCUGCGAGAGGCCCACAUCAUGUACGCUCAGCAGGUCGCCGCCCAGCAGGCCAUCCUGGCGGCCGCCCGGGCGUCUGGGGCCAGCUUCAUGGGCAAAGGCCUGCCCGUCGGGGUCCCAGUGGGCGGGCUGCCUCCACGGGUGUCCAAUCAGAGCAGCGUGGACUCGGAGAGGGAGGACGACGAGGACAGAGGCCGGGACUCCGGGGACGACGACGACGACAACGAAAUGAUGGAGGGGGACGAGGGCAGCGACGACGACGAGGGGAGCGCGAGCGGUUUGGAGUUUCUCCGCAAGCAGACCCUCGCUUUGCAGCAGAGCGCCGCCCGCAUCCCGGCCCGUCCGUACGGCGGUUACUCCGUAUCGGCGCUCCAGAGGGUCGCGUCCCCGCCUAUCAGGGUGAAGCAGGAACCGGACGAGGGUCUCUCUCCCGCGGGGCCUCACUCCGCUACGUCUCCUAACGGGCAGGCCGACUGGGGCUUUGAGGAUCACUUCAGACAGAACGGGAGCGCCGGCUGGGCUGACGAGGCCGACAGCAGCCGAGGACGAGGAGAGGCCUCCAGAGAUUUUGCAAAGCUGUACGAACUGGACAGUGACCCCAAAAGGAAGGAGUUCUUGGACGACCUCUUCACCUUCAUGCAAAAGAGAGGAACCCCGGUCAAUCGAAUCCCCAUCAUGGCCAAGCAGGUCCUGGAUCUGUACAUGCUGUACAAGCUGGUGACGGAGAAGGGAGGCCUGGUGGAGGUCAUCAACAAGAAGAUCUGGAGAGAAAUCACAAAGGGACUGAACCUGCCGACCUCCAUCACCAGCGCAGCGUUCACUCUGCGCACACAGUAUAUGAAAUACCUGUACCCAUACGAGUGCGAGAGGAAGGGCCUCAGCUCCCCGGGCGAGCUGCAGGCCGCCAUCGACAGCAACCGCCGCGAGGGUCGUCGUCCGAGCUACAGCAGCAGCCUGUUCCGCUUCUCUCCCUCCCCCAGCACCGCCCCCCACAUCCUCUCACCUCCCAAGAUGCACCUCUCCGCUCUGGGAGCGGGCGCUUCGGCGGCACUCAACGGGCUGCACGCCUCGCCAGGACACUCUCUGAAGAAAGAUGACCUGACCCCCAACAUCAUGGCAGCCAGACCCUCCAUGGCGCUGGCUCUGGGUCAUCAGCAGGUAGCUGGUUUGGCCCGAGCCGCCACCCUGGAGCAGCUGAGGGAGAAGCUGGAGACCGGAGGAGGGGAGGGUCCGGAGAGGAAGAUGGCCCGCCUGGCCGAGGAGCAGCAGCGUCUGAUGCAGCAGGCCUUCCAACACAACCUGCUGGCUAUGGCCUCCCAAAUGCCCAUGAACCUGCGCCUGGGAGCCCCCGCCAUCACCACCAGAGAGGAGAAGCAGCAGGACAUGUCUCUGAGCAUCUCCACCAACGGGAACGCCAGCAUCACCGUCUCCGUGGAGGUCAAUGGAACAAUCUACUCAGGAACCCUGUUUGCUCAGAAGUCCGGAGGGGCCCCGGGGCCCGCUGUGUCGGCUGCUGCCGCCUCAGCCCCCCCUGCUGGAACCAGCACUAGCUUUGGCUUCUCUGCAGCCCAUGCUCAGAACCUCAGCCCCUCGUCCUCCGCCUCCUCCAAGGGUCCCAGCUCGGCUGAGACGGCCCCCAGCGGGUCCCCCUAACUCAGGCGGGCCCCUUUGUACCUGCUCCUCGGGGGCCUCUCUUCCCACCGGAAGGCCCGGCAAGAAAAAAAUCCAGUACAAUGAGAAACCGAUAAGAAAAACAAACUGUUGCACAACAAAUACCUCAUCAACCCUGUCGACCUCUUGGCUGUCCAAUCAUGAACACAGAGCCCGAGAAUAUUACACGACGACACGUGCCCGAACGCACAGCUAUGCAUUUAUACUCAACACACACACACACACACACACACACACUACACUACAAACACACACAGUCUCACCACACACACACACACACACACACACUUAUUGUAAUCAUUAUGAACAUGCUAAACACAAUCAGCUCAGCCAAAACCCACUGACAGGUGUAGUCACAACUGAACUUGAAAAGUUUUAUCUUAGGACAUUUUGUUUGUUUGUUUGUUGCCAUUUUGUUGUCUUGUUUUUUUUUUUGAUUUUGUGUUUUAGAAUGAUUUUAUUUUUUAGUUGUUUUUUUUUUCUCUUUUUACAUACCUCAAAUCAAGUAACCUGCAGUGGUGUCUUUACCUCAGGAGCUGUCGUAUAUUUAACCUGAAUCGACUUUAUUUUUGUAUUCUUUUUUGACCGAGUUGCAAUCAGGGGAAAGUCGGGUAACUCUCACCAGUGGAACCUCAUGUACAGAGCGCCCUCCUCCUCGUACUGAUGCUGUGGAUCAGCACAUCAUAAACAAACAGCUGAUUUCAGAACCACGACCUCAGCUCUGCGUCCUUGGUGGUGAUAGGAGGGUUAACGACCUCCUGACAUGGACGACAUUUCAAACUCUCCAGCGAUGGAUGGGAUGAAGUUUAACUUAUUGCUGGUCCGCACACACAUGUAGCGCACAAAGGUGGAGGCGGUGCAGAGACCGGGUGCAGCUCUCAGACCUCAUACUGGCCUCUCUGCUUAAGGGGGGGCGUCGCUCUCUUUCUCAGGAAAACAAUGAGACAGCUGCACAGAAUCACUGUUCACACAAAGGAAGAAUGCACGAGUCCACACGACUGUUGAAGAGUACCUCAUGCGCCUCUCUGAAGGGAGAGCGACACUACAUACCUCAUAACGGCUGCAACGCCAUCCAGACUCGACCGCCCCCGACCCGCGGGGGAACUCCUCCCUGAACUGGAACUGAACAUGAACGUACCGACGCUGCAGCGCUGGCGGUUUUUCUGGGAAUGAACAGAACUCUCUCUCUCGCUCGCUCUCUCUCUCUCUCUCUCUCUCGCUCUCUCUCUUGCUCUCUCUCUCCUCCCAUAUUUACUUGUAGAACGUGUUUUAUGCUUGCAAUCGUUUUCUUUUUACUUUUUAUUUUUGGUUCCUCCAGUUGUUGUCUGAAAAGAGUGAUUUAUAUAUAUCUGCAUUUUUUUCAGGGACGAGGAAAAAGCGAAGUCUCUUCCUCGCUUGACACGUGUAGAUUUUGUGGGGAUUGUUGACAGGUUUUUUCGAGUCUCAGGAGUCAAAAAAGAGUUAAAACAAACAAACGACCACAUCAACCUCAGGUUCGACUGCAGAUUGCAGCGAACGCGUCUUCGUUCAACGACAGCGGGCGAAAUGAUAUGCAUGUGUACAAUCAUGUGACCAGUGUUUUUAACACCCACAAUCUGCUGGUUCUUGCACAGCUAGAAACCAAAGACUAGCCAGGUCGCUCCUCUCGAUUGAUCCCUCGUACAAUCCUGCCUGAACGCCGCUGUGCUGCACAGCAACGCAGUCCGUUAAGAGACUGCAACAAAAAAAAAAAAAAAAAAAAAAGAAAGCAUCUAAUGUCAUUUAAUAUAAUUUUUUUGAGUUGUUUCCUAAAACAAGUGAUAUCUUUAGAUGAGGUAAAUUCCCUUCUUCCAGAUUUGAAAGCAUGACCGAAUCAUUGACAAGUUGACGAUCAGGACGCCAUCAGCACGUCCAGACGGAGACGUUUGGUCGCCCGGAUGUGUGGUCUGUCCUGAGCUCUCUCUCUCCAGUUUGAACUGGUUUUUAAAUGCAACAUACUGGUGUGGCUGCAGGCCUUCUUUCACAUCAGGGACAGACGGCUCCCCUAAACUUCUAAAAGACACUUCCUGAUAAUCCAGACACUCAAACUUCUCCUUUUCCCUUUAAAGUAACUUUUUAGCAUUUUGAAACACCACAGAGGUUGAAAAAAAAAAUACUUUUCUAGCUUUAUGUGUUUUGACUGUGAGGCUUUUUUAACCGUUUAGAGCCCUCGUUACGCCCAGCGCUCUCCUGCCGGGACGCCUUGACGCUUUUAUUAGAACCUUAUUUUAGCCGUCAAGUUUUUGCAGUGCAGAUCACAGUUUAGGGUUAAGUUCUCCAGGUGAACCCUUCACCCCCCCCCCCCCCCCCCCCCGUGUGACACAUGACUGUAUUUUCUAAAGAACUCUUAGAUGCUGCCUUAAAGUAGUUGCUGGUGAGAUGUGGCUGGUGCAGGUUUCACUGCUGCACCAGUCCGGAUACAAAGUCUUCAAGCUGAACCCUUUCGGAGAGUAAUCACGUUUCUCUGGGUCGGCGAUUCAAUCGGACGUUAGACAUCGGUUUGUUUUUUCAAGCUGAUUUUUGCUAUUUAUUUGUUUCUUUGUGUUUCUUCCUGGUGGACCUCGUUCAAAGAAACAACAAGUCCAAACUUUCUGUUUCAUCUGCUUAGUCUGAGCAAUGACCGUUUGAUAGUGUAGCGUCACUGCCUUUGUGUGUGUGUGUGUGUGUGUGUGCGCGUGCGUGUGUGCAGGUCACUCACCUACAGUACCUGAAUUACCAUGAAAAUACUGCAGGUGGCGCUAAACAUCCAGUCUAGUGCAGGAGAGGAGCUGAAGGGGGAAACAUAAGUUCUCACCUUUUUUCUGUAACUGGGAAUGUUCUCGCUCCGGUGUGCUCACUGGGAAUAAACCAGUGAACCCACCACCAUCCUCUGCUGUUAAAGGAGCGCUCUGCUCGCUCGUUUGUUCAGAGGGAACAAAUCGAAAGUGUUACAGGUUGAUGAAUCACCUUUUUCUUUCUUCAAACCUGCUCCCCUCGCUGACCUCCUCUUUCCAGCCGCCUGACCUGCUGUGUGUAUGGUGUGUGUGUGUGUGUGUAUUAGAGACCGCCCCUACCUCGUCAUACCACAAUACCUCAGGGCAGUGGGCUGCAGUCACUGUUGCGAUGUUGGAUGUUGAAGCUGCAUUGAGGGACGAGCACUGAGCGAAGCUGCGGUCACUUUGGCCUGAACGCUUCUUUGGUUCGUGUGUGUGUGUGUGUGUGUGUGUGUGUGUGUGUGUGUGUGUGUGUGUGUGUGUGUGUGUGUGUGUGUGUGUGUGUGUGUGUGUGUGUGUGUGUGUGUGUGUGUGUGUGUGUGUGUGUGUGUGUGUGUGUGUGUGUGUGUGUGUGUGUGUGUGUGUGUGUGUGUGUGUGUGUGUGUGUGUGUGUGUGUGUGUGUGUGUGUGUGUGUGUGUGUGUUUUCUUCGAGUCGUCAGUAACUGCAGGCGAGGUCUCGUCACUCAGGAAGCUGUGAAGCUGGAAGUCUGCAGAACCUUUUGGAGUUAAUUCAGUUUGAAAGUAAAGAAACCUGAUCUGUGUAAAAACAGGCGCAUAUGCAAGUGGUUAUGGAAUACCUCAUUUAUCAAUUUAAUGUUGUUGUUUUUGGCUUGUACAAUGCUCCGUAUAUUAAUUCAACUGUGGGGUUUGUGCAUAUUUUUGUACUGUUAUUAUUAUUAUGGACAUGAUAAUAAUGAUAUUACUGAUAUUAUAGUUUUCUCUUUGAUUAAAGCAAACAAAAAAAAAAAUAGGACAAAACACCUGAAUGCUUGUAAGAACUGGUUUGUGCUGAUUGUAUUUAAGAGGAGCACUUUUCCAAAGUGGUUUUCACACAUUCAGUUUUUGUUCAUAUUAGUAAUAUAAAGAUAUGGUUCUCAGGGCUUUAAACUUGUAUGUCAUGAUAAAGUUUUACUUUAUAUCUUA